AUGGGUCCCAAACCCCGAUUGUCGGAUCUGGACCUUGCCACAGAGAAGACGAUUGGAAUUGCUGAGGAACAGAACGAGCUAUAUUAUCUGCCUCAUAAGGAAAGCAAGUGUCAUCAGGCUGGUUCAGAGUCAUGGGCAAAUACUCAAAUAUGGUUCCAACACAGGCGCCUUGGACAUCCUCCUUUCCGCAUGCUCAGUCCUCAGCUUCAGGAGGAGAAUAAUCAAGAAGCUGAGUCUUCAGAGUUGUUUGUCCUUCCUGUUAUUCCUCUAAUACCGGACUCAGAGUCGUCUCCUGAGUUGCCUGUUAUUCCUCUAAUACAGGACCCAGAGUCCUCUUAUGAGUUGUUUGUUCUUCCUGUUAUUCCUGUAAUACAUGAGCCCUUGAUGCCUAAUGAGGAUGGUGAUGUACCGAUACCGGUGCGUAAUAAUGUUGACAGAUACAAGUUACAGUUCCAGCGAAAAAGGUGGAAAGUACAUCAACAAUCCUCUUUGUGCGUUGAAGUAAAUUUGAAUUUUUUCCUGACUACUUUUAUGAAGGAGGUAGUGAUAAUGCAUUGGGCAUGUGCUAAGAUAACCGCGUCAUUGACAAUACCCGAUACUACUCUUCUAGAGAUUCUGCUUGAUAAGUUAAAACUGUGCAAAAGCAUAUCCUAUGCAGCAGUUGCUGCUCAUGCAGACAAAAAUGGCCGCCGAAAGUUAGCUGCCUUGCUUGUUGAACAUGAACCCCGUUCGUCUAAACAGGUUCCUCUCCUGUUGAGCAUAGGAGAAGAAGAUAUAGCCUUGAUGAAGGCAACUGAAUGUGGUGAUACAGACCUUGUUUACCUUAUACUUUUUCAUAUUUGGCAAAAGAGGCAGCCAUUGGAGUUUUUUGGAACCAUACAGGCCAGACAAUUAGCGCGUGACUUAUUUAUAACUUAUGCACGGUGCUAUAAACAUGAAUUUUUGAAGGACUUCUUCUUAUCAACAGGGCAACUUCAAGAUGUGGCAUUUCUUCUUUGGAAAGAAUCAUGGGAACUUGAAAAAAAUCCCAUGGCAAGCAAAGGAUCUCCACUUCAUGGUCCUCGAAUAAAACUUAUUGAGAAGGCACAAAAUCUUUUUGCCGAAACCAAGGAACAUACCUUUGAAUCAAAGGCAGCUGAGGAGCAUGCAAAACUUUUAAGACUCCAGCAUGAACUUGAAGUGACUACAAAGCAGGCCAUUUUUGUGGAUUCUAGUAUAAGUGAUACAAUCCGGACUUGUAUUGUCUUGGGAAAUCAUCGAGCUGCACUAAAAGUGAAAACAGAAUUCAAGGUGUCUGAGAAGAGAUGGUAUUGGCUUAAGGUUUUUGCUUUGGCCACAAUAAAGGACUGGGCUGCUUUAGAAAAAUUUUCAAAGGAGAAAAAACCUCCAAUAGGUUAUAGGCCAUUUGUGGAGGCAUGCAUUGAAGCAGAUGAAAAGGGAGAAGCUAUUAAAUAUAUCCCCAAACUUGCAGACCCUCGAGAAAAAGCUGAGUCAUAUGCUCGAAUUGGUAUGGCUAAGGAAGCCGCGGAUGCGGCUUCACAGGCAAAAGAUGGUGAAUUGCUUGGUCGUUUGAAAUUGACGUUUGCGCAAAAUGCAGGAGGUUCAUCAAUAUUUGAUACUCUUCGAGACCGAUUGUCUUUCCAAGGUGCUUCGUGA